UUCAUCAUUUUUUAAAAACCGAACAACAAAACAUGUUGUUUUUAUCGUAAAAACGAGUCCUUUCGUUAAAACACUCGUAUAUGGGCAUACGUAUAUACAGAAUCUCGUAAUGCGUUAUCUUAAAUAUAUCUUAAAAUAUGAUCCUCUAUAACAAAUCGACCCCAGUGAAGAUGGGAGUGGCAAGACACACCCUAGUAAGGCUAUAUAAUACCCUAUCGAACAUCCCAGUACGUAAAAGUCCACUAACAACUUCUUCUUCAGUCACGUUAAAAUACAUCGCAGAAAAAGCUUCGUUCGUUGGAUUUUUUCAAGAAAGUUACCACUUUCUUACUUCGUUCGUUUAGUUUUUCAUUUGUUCUUUGAAAUACUUGACAAGAGAAUAAAUUUCAAAAGCAAAACUAUGGGGAAUAAGGUAGCCACGUUCUCCGAAGACCAAUUGGAAGAUUAUCAAGAUUGUACAUUUUUUACGCGCAAAGAAAUUUUAAGGAUAUUUAAACGUUUCCGAGAGAUGGGUGAUCCUGGAAUGGUCCCACGUACGAUGACGUCACAGGAAGCAUCAACUUUACGCUUACCACUGUCUUGUCUUGCGCGUAUUCCCGAACUCAAGGAAAAUCCAUUUAGAGAACGAAUUUCUGAAGUGUUCACAAAAAGUAAUAGAAGGCAACAAUCAGAAGACACCGAAGGUAUUUGUUUCGAAGAUUUCCUCGAGAUGAUGUCUGUCUUCUCGGAGCAGGCACCGCGGGAUCUGAAGGUCUUUUACGCCUUUAAGAUUUACGAUUUCGACGAGGAUGGUGUGCUGGGUGUCGGUGAUUUAGAACGCACCUGUCGACAACUUGUUCAAAGUGGUCUAACUAGCGAAGAAGUAGACACUGUGUGUCAAAAAGUUUUAGAGGAAAGUGACAUUGAUGGCGAUGGUGCUCUCUCUUAUCUUGAUUUUGAACACGUAGUGACUAGAGCACCAGAUUUCAUCUCGACAUUUCAUAUAAGAAUAUAAAUCUUAUCUCGUUUGAUCAAGGAAGAAAAAAACACAAGAAGAAGAAGAAAUAAAAGUAGUUCGAGUUAAGGAAACUGAUUAAA